CACAGGACGCCCAGACACCCUCCGGCUCAGACAUGCUGCCGCUGCUGCUGCUGCCGCUGCUGUGGGCGGGGUCCCUGGCUCAGAAUCCGAGAUACUGGCUGAAGAUGCAGCCGUCCGUGUCGGUGCAGGAGGGCCUGUGUGUCCGCGUGCCCUGCUCCUUCUCCUAUGCCACGGACGUCUUCAGUGCUUCUAGCCCUGUUCACGGCUUCUGGUUCCGGGCAGGGGCCAAUGAAAUCAUGGAUGCCCCUGUGGCCACAAACAAAUUAGAUCGUCAAGUUCAGGAGGAGACCCAGGGCCGAUUCCACCUCCUCGGGGACCCCAGGAACAACAACUGCUCCCUGGAGAUCAGAGACGCCAGGAAGAGCGACAGCGGUUCCUACUCUUUUCGUGUGGAAAGAGGAAGUAUCAAAUGGAGUUACACAUCUGAACAGUUCUUCUUGAAUGUGACAGCCCUCACCCACCAGCCCCACGUCCUCAGCCCCGGGGCCCUGGAGGCUGGCCGCCCCGGGAACCUGACCUGCUCUGUGCCCUGGGCCUGUGAGCGGGCCAUGCCCCCCAUCUUCUCCUGGACGUCAGCUGCCCCCAGCUCCCUGGGCCCCAGGACCCCCUUCUCGUCGGUGCUCACCCUCACCCCACGGCCCCAGGACCAUGGCACCAGGCUCACCUGCCAGGUGAAGUUCCCCAGAAGCGGGGUGAUGGUGGAGCGAAUCAUCCUGCUAAAUGUCACCUGUGCUUCACAGAACCCAAGUGAUAUCUGCGCAGGUGACAGCACAGGGGAAUCAGGGACGGGGGCAGGAGUGACCGAGGGGGCCAUCGCGGGAGCUGGUGUCACCAUGCUGCUUGUUCUCUGCUUCGGCCUCAUCUUCUUCGUAGUGAAGACCUACAGGAAGAAGGUAGCCAAGACCGCAGUGGACAUGGAGGACAUCUACUCUGCUGCAAAGCCAGCUUCCCUGGAUCGCCAGCAGGAAUCCAAGUCAGAGAAAUCUUCUGACCCCACAAGUUACACAGGGGCCACCCCCUCUUUGGAGUUGGAGCAGGAGUUGCAUUAUUCCUCCAUCAUCUUCCGUGGGGAGAAGCCUCGGGAGAGCCCUCACUCAGAAUAUGCGGAGAUCAGGACCAAGAUGCUCUGCUGGACAGAUGGCUGCAGGAGCAGCAACUGGCUCAACCAGCAGAGGGCCAACCCGAGCAGAGGCCAGGUCAGCACCGCCGGAAGCCCCAAGACUGUCACCCCAAAGAUGCUGCUGCCGCCGCUGCUGCUCUUACUGCUGUGGGUAGGUGAGCGGGGCGGGGGCUCGGCUGAUCCUCAUCUCGCCGCAGGGUCCCUGGCUCAGGAUCCGAGAUACUGGCUGGACGUGCAGCCGUCCGUGUCAGUGCAGGAGGGCCUGUGUGUCCGCGUGCCCUGCUCCGUCUCCUAUCCCCGGGAAGGCUGGAAGGACUCUGACCCAGCUCACGGCUACUGGUUCCAGGAAAAGGCAGAUUCCCCUGAAGAUCCAGCAGUGGCCACAAACAACCCAGAACAUGCGGUGGUCAGUGAGACCCGGGGCCGAUUCCUCCUCGUUGGAGACCCCCAGGCCUACAACUGCUCCCUGGACAUCAGAGACGCUCAGAGGAGGGACACGGGGACAUAUAUCUUUAGGUUGGAGAGAGGGCCUACUGUGAGAUAUAGUUAUGCAUUGAAUCUGCUCUCCGUUCGUGUGACGGCUCUGACAGACACACCUGACAUCCACGUCCAGGGGACCCUAGCAUCCGGCCACCCCACCAACUUCACCUGUGCGGUGCCAUGGGCCUGUGACGGGGGGAUGCCCCCCACCUUCUCCUGGACUGGGGUUGCCCUCACCUCCCUGCACCCUGAGAGUCCCCGCUCCUCAGUGCUCACCCUCACUCCAAGGCCCGAGGACCACGGCACCAACCUCACGUGUCGUGUGAACUUUUCCGGAGCUGGUGUGAGCACAGAGGCGACCAUCAGGCUCAAUGUGUCCUAUGCACCCCAGGAACUGAUCAUCAGAGUGUACCAGAAAGAAGGCGCAGGACCUGAAACUCUGGACAAAAGCCAGUCUCUUUCAGUCCAGGAGGGCCAGUCCCUGCGCCUGGACUGUGUUCCUGACAGCAACCCUCCUGCUAUGAUCAGCUGGACCCGAGGGAGCCUGACCCUGAGCCCCUCAAAUUCCUCAAAUCCUGGGGUCCUCGAGCUGCCCCGGGUGGAACUGAGGGACCAUGGGUUAUAUGUCUGCCGAGCUCAGCAUCCACUAGGCUCCAAGGAAGCGUCUCUGAGCCUCGUUGUGAGAACCCCACCGCAGCUUCUGGGCCCCUCCUGCUCCCAGGAGGACGAGGGUCUGAGCUGCAGCUGCUCCUCCCGAGCCUGGCCGGCCCCCUCCCUGCACUGGCGCCUGGGCGAGGGGCUGCUGGAGGGGAACUUCAGCAACGCCUCCUUCGAGAUCACCUCCAGCUCUGCCGGGCCCUGGGCUAAUAGCUCCCUGAGCCUCCGCGAGGGGCUCAGCUCCGGCCUCAGACUCAGCUGCGAGGCCCAGAAUGCCCACGGGAAACAGAACGUGAAGAUCCUGCUGCUGCCAGGGAGACCAGGACCCAGGACCGGCGUGGUUUGGGGGGCCGUCGGGGGAGCUGGUGUUACAGCCCUGCUUGCUCUCUGUCUCAUCUUUGUAGUGAAGGUCUACAGGAAGAAGCCGUUGGAGAGAGCAAAGAUCUACAGGAAGAAGUCGGCGGAGAGAGCGUCGAGCCAAGAUGGCGACCACCCAGCGUCGAGUCCCGCGUCCCAGGGUCACUUCAAUAAAUCCUGGUCAGACAGCCCCUUGGACCACCAGACCCCAGUUCUGGCUGCUUCCACCUCAGAGAAGGAACAAGAGCUCUAUUAUGCAAGCCUCAGUUUCCACAGACCAGGGACCCACAACUUUCAGGUCCAGGACACCACCGAGUACUCAGAGAUCAAGAUUGGGAAGUGAGAAGACCCCGCCUCCACCCCCAGAAAAUGCACCUCUGAGGGACAUGUGUGUCAGAUACUGAUUCUUGAAGACUUGGCUGCCUGCUGAGCCAAAGCUUAUAAGUGAGAAGGUGAAGUUCCUUGGAGUGGCUGAAGGUCACAGAGAAUCCUGGAUUCACAUCCAGGCUUGGGUAAUGCUAAGGGUGUUAUGUCAAGCAAGUCAAAAGAGUUUACCUCUCUGUGCCUCAGUUUCCUCCUCUGUAAAGUGAGGAUAAUAUUCCUCAGUUCAGUUCAGUUCAGUUCAGUCACUUAGCCAUGUCUGGUUCUUUUUGACCCCAUGGACUGCAGCAUGCCAG